AUGGAAAGACGUCAACUAAAUAUCGGCGAAAUUUCAGCUCUGCUAAAUAAAGAUGAUUUAGAGCCAUUUGAUGAAAGUGACGAUGAGUUGGGGACAGUUGAAUACUCUGUUGAACAAUACGAUAAUAGAUCUAGCAGUUCUGACUCUGAACAGAGUUUAUACGAGUCAGAAAACGAGGCAAGUUCGUUUUCAUCUGAGUAUUAUUUAGGCAAGGACAAGUUUACGAAAUGGUCAAAAAAUUCUUCAAGUCAUAGAAUAAGACAAAGAGCUCACAACAUCGUUUUGCAAUUACCUGGACCAAAAGGAAACGCUAAAAAUGCUAAGAGUAAGACUGAUUGUUUUAAGUUAUUUUUUGAUUCAGAUAUAAUAGAUUUAAUUCUAAGACAUACAAAUGAAUACAUCCAGAAAAUACGUGAACGUUUUCAAAGAGAACGUGACGCGAAAAAUUUGACGAUUGAAGAAUUACAAGCAUUUUUUGGUUUGCUGUUGAUGUCUGGUGUGCUUAGAUCUUCACAUUUGAAUUUCCUUGAUCUCUGGGCAAAUUACGGAACUGGAAUAGAUUUUUUUUAA